GGGAGGAAUCUGGUGGUCUGCAUCGAUGGGACAUCGAACCAGUUCGGCGAAAAGAACACGAACGUUAUCGAGCUAUACCAUCUCCUCGAGAAAGACAACACCCAAGUCACGUUCUACAACAGUGGGAUCGGCACGUACGCAAGGCCGUCGUUCAGGUCGUGGACCUUUUACAAGCAGGUCCUCGGACACAAGGUCGACCUCGCGAUCGCGUGGAACUUCGAGAAGACUGUGCUGAGCGCAUACCAGUGGCUCUCCGAGAGGUAUCAUACAGGCGACAGGAUUUUUCUCUUCGGUAAGGAACUUGAGCAGCCUUUCGAUUCUCGUGGAGCGUACCAAGUUCGCUGCCUUUCAGCGAUGAUCGAGACGGUCGGACUCAUUCACGAAGGUAAUGCCGCGCAAAUCCCAUUCGCCUUCGAGCUCUACGCCGAUACAGGAAAGUCCGAUAACGCAAGAGAAAUGGCCAAGCGGUUCAAGGACACGUUCGGGAGAGCGAUAAGCGUCCACUUCGUAGGGGCAUGGGAUACCGUAUCGUCUAUUGGUAUCUUCCGGGACAAAACUCUGCCGGGAACGACUUCGGGUAUGAAGCAUGUUUGCUUCUUCCGUCACGCCCUCGCCCUAGACGAGCGACGAGUCAAGUUCCUUCCAGAGUACGCAUACGAGGGAAGCGCUGCUCCUGACCAGCACAGACAGACCGAUGCCGAGUCCUCAGUGGAUGGCAACAUGCACCACGACUUGGUACCGCAAACGAAAGAGGUCUGGUUCGCGGGCACUCACUCUGACAUUCAGCCUCCUUUGAGAUGGAUGUCAUAUGAAGCUAGUGCUGCUGGCUUACGCCUGCUCCCGGUCAGCACGGCUUGGGAAAUCAAAGCGAACUUGGCAGUUCAUGAGUCACUCACGACAGUCUGGUGGCUGUUUGAAGCGCUUCCUUGGAAACGACUGACGUAUCGCAAUGAACACGGUCAGACUAAUAGACCUCAUCUCGGAGCAGGUCGUCAUAUUCGUCUGGGCCAAAAGAUUCAUAGCUCUGUCCUU